AUGAAAAAAUAUAAAUUAGCUUUGGCAGUAUUAAUUUUAUUUGCUAUAUUAGGUAAUGUUUUUGCUAAAAGUUCACUGCAGGGCUUAAAAUAAAAAAGUUCAAGUAUUUAGGCUGUAAGUUUUCUAGCGUCAAGAACUUUGGGAGAAAGAUUGUCAUAGAAUAUUACAUUUAAUUUGAUUUAAUAAGAUUUAAGUGUUGAAAGUAGAAAUGAAACACAAUACAAUGAAUAUUUCAUUCUAUCCUCACCUUAGGAAAAUUAGCUUGUUAUUCAGUCAAAUACAAAAAUAGGGCUUUCCAAAGGGUUGUUUUAUUUCAUGAAAAAUUACAUGAACUCUUCAAUAUCUUGGAAUGGAGAUAAUAUUCAGCAACUUGAAUAUUUACCAACAGUUAGUGAAUAAAUUCGAAUUUAAACUCCUUAUUAAUUCAGAUACAUGUUUAACUACUGCACUUAUUCAUACAGUUUGAUGAGUUUUUGGGAUUGGUAGAGGUGGGAGAGAGAAAUAGAUUACAUGGCACUCUAAGGCAUAAACAUGCCUCUCGCAAUCAUUGGUACUUCUAAAAUCUGGCAAAACACCCUAAAAUAAAUUAACUACACUGACUCUGAAAUACUUGAUUUUCUUCCUGGUCCUGGUUUUGAAGCAUGGUGGCUUAUGGGAAAUUUAGAAGGUUAUGGAGGCCCAGUAACACAAGCCUACAUUGAUGGUUAAUAUAAUUUGUAGAAAAAAAUAUUAAAAAGAAUGAGAAAUUUAGGAAUGUAGCCUAUUUUGUAGGGUUUUUAUGGAAUGGUACCAAAUUCUUUAAAGGCUAAGUUCCCUCUUUCUAAAAUAUAUGGCGAUUAAUCUUGGUUAGGAUUCAGGAGACCUGCCUUCCUUGAUGCAAAUGAUGAGUUGUUUUCAAAUAUAGCAAAUAUUUUUUAUUCUGAAUCUGAAAAGCUUUAUGGAAGAGCUAAAUUUUAUGGAGGUGAUCCUUUUCAUGAGGGAGCUAUCGUGCCUGGUUUAAAUUUAACUUCUUAAGCAUAAAGUAUUUAUAGAGCUAUGCAGUAUACUGAUAAUCCUAAAGAUGAAAAAGUAAAGUGGAUUCUCUAAUCUUGGUAAGAAAAUCCCUCUCAAUAACUGCUUUAAGGUUUAUAGAAUGAUGAAUGUAUAAUUUUGGACUUAAUGGCUGAAGCAAGAUCUAAGUGGUAAACUAAUGAUUUUUCUGGGCAUGACUUUUUAUGGACUUCCCUUCCUAACUUUGGCUUAAGAAUUGGAUAAUAUGGAAUGAUUGAACAAUAUGUAAGCUAACCACCUUUAGCUUAUAGCAUCAAAAACUCUACAAUGAAAGGAAUUGGAAGUAUCCCAGAGGGAAUAUUGACUAACGUUUUAGAUUAUGAAAUUUUAUUUGACAAAGCUUGGAUUUAACCUAACUAAGAUACAAAUUUGACUCCUCGUCAGUAGGUAUUGCAAUAUCUAGGAGAUUUUAUAAGGUAUCGCUAUGGAGAGUAAAAUAAUAAAAAUUUAUUCAGUGCUUGGAGUUUGUUAACAAAUUCCAUCUAUAAUAGCACAAACCCUUGGGAUGGUCCUAGUGAAAGUGUAAUGCUAGCUAGGCCUGCUUCUUAUAUAGAUAAAGUUUCAUCAUGGGGAACUAGUUAUAUUUAUUGGAACACAACUAAUGUACUUGAAGCAUGGAAAUUAUUUACUAACUAUGUAAAGGAAAAGAAAUAAAAAAAUAGAAGCUAACAUUUGCAAAAGCUAGAAGAGAUUAAUAAAAAACUUGGAAGAUCUGAUGAUGACAUGGAAGCAUUUGUUGAAAUAUCUUAAAAUGAAGAAAGAAAUAUUUUUAAGGACACCUUCUUAUAUGAUUUGGUUGAUGUAGCAAGAUAAAAUCUAGCAAGUUAUAGCUAUCUCCUUUAUAACAAAGUAAUGUUGGCUUUCAAUCAAACUGAUACAAUCAAAUUUGCUCUUUACAGCUAGCAAUUCCUUGAGUUAAUUAAAGACUAAGAUUAAUUACUCUCAAGUCGAAAAGAAUUCAUGCUUGGAUACUAUUUGGAGUCUGUUUCUAAAUUAGGUACAACUGAUUAAGAAAAACAAAAUUUUAUUGAGCAAAUUAAGAGAUAAAUAACAGUUUGGUCAGAUUUCCCUAGUGACCUUCAUGAUUACGCAAACAAAGAAUGGAAUGGAAUUCUCAAAGACUUCUAUUUACCAAGAUGGGAGUUAUAUUUCAAAAGUUUACAAUCAUACAUAGUUGAAGAAAACAAAAAAUAAGAACUGGCAUAACUUUAGUAACAGUAAUCUGAGGAAGAAAUUGAAGUGGAAUAAUAAGAAAUAAAGUAAAACGAUGAGGAUUUAGUUAAAUAUACAAAGGAAGAAUUACUUUCUGGUAAAAACAUUAAUUGGUUUGAUGUUGAAAUACAAUUCUCUAAGAAUAAUAUUACAUACCCAUCGACUCCAUAGAUAUCAGAGUUAGAAAUAAACUAGGCUCUCUUCUAAAAAUACUAUUCUGUCAUUUUAGCAGAGCAUAUAAAUAUAAAUUAGAUUAAGCCUGCAGUAUAAAAACAGUAUGGAAUAAGAUUGCAACCAAAGUAACACUAAACAUAUACCUAAGUCAAGUUUUCUAAAGAUAAGUAAAAUACUAAGUCAGAAGAAACUUAGUAGAUUUGA